CAUGUCGCUGCUCGCAGCGGGCCCAAAACGCCUGCUUCUCUCUAGACGUGCACAUUCAUGCUCAAGAAAUAGUGCCGUAUCUCGCUACUACUCUCAGGCUGCUGAAGGUUCUGCACCAGAAGAAUGUGAUGUAGUCAUUGUAGGAGGAGGUCCGGCAGGGCUGGCUUUGUCGAGCGCAUUGGCUUCAUCGAACGUAGCGAACAAGACGCUGUCGGUAACUUUAGUUGAGGCUGGAGACCUAUCCAAAAUACGGGACUGGAAUAUGCCUCCAGAUGCGUACUCAAAUAGGGUGAGUUCACUCACGAAUGCCACACAAGCCUUUCUCGACAAAAUUGGUGCAUGGGACCACGUCGAUGCAUCCAGGACAUGUCCCAUAGAAGACAUGCAGGUUUGGGACGGUGUAUCUGACGCACGAAUUGACUUUAAUGUCAUGCACUUGGGCAUGCAACGAACCUCUGAGAGCCCUCAAAUGGCACGACUAACAGAAAAUCUCAACCUGCAACGAGCCCUCCUACGUCGCCUUUCAAAUGCGCCGGGAAUUCAGCUGCUUGAUAACGCAAAAGUCGCGUCAAUCACCCGCGACACGAAGGAGCGAGGUCACUGGCCCCUAGUGCAUCUUUCCAACGGAAAGACUCUGAGAGCUCGUCUCCUUGUCGGUGCUGACGGGCCUAACUCCCCUGUCCGCGCCUACGCACAAAUCUCUUCCUACGGCUGGUUGUACCCCACCCACGCCAUUGUCGCCACCAUGCACCACCCUGCCCGUCCCUUCACUCCCCAUACGACAGCAUUCCAACGUUUCCUCCCUACCGGCCCUAUUGCUUUCUUGCCUCUUUCACCUACCUCUUCUUCCCUCGUAUGGUCGACUAAACCUACUCUUGCGGCAAUAUUGACGAAUAAAGAGAAGAGAAUGGAUACAGACACGAAUGGUGAGGUGUUGAGGAUGAUGAUAAACGCUGCGUUCAGGCUACCGGAGGUUUCAAUGCGAUAUUUGCAUGAGAGGCUGCUCGAGGCUUCAACCCAGGGAAGAGCUCCUUCCGGAAAAGAAAUCCAAGAAGAAGUCCUAUUCCGAGAACGUUCACAUAACAUCGAUCCUAAUUCUGCCUACGCAUCCGCCUCCGUCGACCCCUCCAUAGCCAACAUCGGUAUCCCACCCACGGACGCGCAUCUCCUUCCUCCUCUCGUCUCGUCCAUCCAAUCAGGGACCAUUGCAUCGUUCCCACUCAGGUAUAACCAUACAGAGUCGUAUAUUGGCGAAGGUGAGGGCGCGAGAACGGUGCUUGUGGGAGACGCAGCGCAUACGAUUCACCCGCUCGCGGGACAGGGGCUGAAUAUGGGAUUAGCGGACGUAGAGUGUUUAGCUCGGUGUAUUGAGGGUGUCGUCAUGAAGGGUGGGGACAUCGGCUCACACGUCGCUCUGAUACCCUACACCCGCGAACGCUACUUUGAAAACCAUAAGAUCAUGUCCGUAUGCGACAAGUUGCACAAACUGUACUCCACUACAGCACAACCCGUCGUCUGGGCCCGUUCAGUCGGUCUCGAGGUCCUCAACGAGCUCGACUCGAUCAAGGCAGCCAUGAUGAUGUCCGCUGGAGCUUCCCCUUCUUCUACCUCCUCACCCUCUUCCUCUUCCACGUUCUCCACCUUCCCCGGUGCCGAGGUUAGGAGGAAUGGGAGGCAGGGGGCAGGGCUAGCGGGAGCGUUGGCGAGUGGGGUGGAGACUGUAGCGGGCGUGAGGAGGUUUGCGGGAGAUGCGGGAGUGGUACUGCAGGCGGCGACGGCUGGUGGGCUGCGGGCGUUGGCAGAGGUUGUCGGAAGAGGGUCUGGAUCCGGGAGGUGACCUGUGUUAUGUGUGAGUCUAGAAGGUGUUGUAGGCUGGUCAGGUCAAACUGUACCCGAGGCUCCAGGACAUUCGUGAGGAUAUAAAGGUUGUUUGUUUACUUUUAAUUUGGGUAUCUUGGCCGAUGUAUGAUUUGGUAGUUGA